CAAAUAAAACAUGGAGGUAGUGUCGUGAAACGUUGUUGAAGUAUUUGCCUUUGUUUACGUGUCGAAAUCAACGAGCGAGAUUAGCAAACUAAUUUAAAGUGCUUUUUGUUUCGGUGUAUGGAAUUUGUUCAAAAAUUUGUCAACAUACUGCUUUUAUUGUGUAUCAAUAUCGCUGAUAUUUCUUGAAAUGAAUAACGGGGAGGUUGGAGGAUCUAGAGGUAGAGGCCGUGGUUGUUGGCAUCAACCCGAAAAGACGGCUCGAGAGCUCCGUCAGCCCAAGCACUUAAAUGAAGAAACCAAAUCAACAGCUGAACCUCUCAAGUCGAAACUGUCAGCAGAAGCUAAGGAAUGGUAUCCACCCAACUAUGUUCGUCAAGCUCCAGUAGCAUAUCCACCUGAGCCCUAUAGAGUGCAGCGGUUUUCCUCCCCCCAAGAUAGAAUUCGACAAGCACAAGAACUGGACACUUAUAAUUUGUAUGAGUUGUCAAAUUCAAUCGAAGAAACUGAAAAUAUUGAUUUGCGGGGUAAUAUAGCCAGCCUGAUUACAGUCAUGUGUGAGAUAACAGUUGACCCUGGCAAAUUUGACACUUUAUGUGGACCACUUGUCGAUUCGUUUAUUUUAACACUAAAUGAUGUGGACUACACUCGACCUCUUGUUGAAGCUAUUGUUAAUCAGUCAAUUGCUGAAGCAAAUUUCCGUUACAACGGAGCUCGUCUGUGCUCCAUGUAUGAUUCAGUGGUACCUCAAGAAGAUUCCACUUUCCGUGCAUGUCUACUCGAACGUUGCUCGGCUGAAGAGAACAAAAUUAUAAGUGGUGUUGAAACAUCUGAGGAGAAUAUGCGCGGUUUUGCGAUGUUUUUAGCUGAAAUAUACACACAACUUGAAGACAAUCAGAGAGGAAGAAUAAGGUCAUUGGGAGAAAGUCUUUGUAAAGUAUUGUUACACCUGCUUGACACAGAUAAAGAAGUCAAUAUAAAAGCAGUCUGCCAGUUGUUAAAACUGUCCGGUAUCGCGUUGGACGCGGACUGCCCGACGAGCAUGCAAGCGGCGUUCGAGAGGCUCAAGUACCGAUCGCAGUUGGCAUGCGUGCAGCGCGUGCUGGAGCUGCGCACGGCGCGCUGGGGUCUGGCCGAGCCCGAGCCCGACGAGCGCCGCGUGCCCGCCGACACCCGCCGCCCCCCGCCCGCGCCCGCACCUGCACAAACAAACUCUGAAACGGACGGGUUGGCAGGCGGGUACUUAGCCGACGGGCAGUCGCUGACAACGGAAGAGUGCAACUUCCUCCAAAGUAACUUGCCGAACAAACCUGCUUCGCUCGAUGACGACAUUCUUGAGGAGUUGGAGAACGAGGCCUGGGACACGGGUAUGGACCUAGAGAUGCAGGAUGCAUACUUGGAAUUCCUCAAGAUUUCCAAUCAGAUCAAACGAUAACCGCAUCUCUCCCCGUACGACACGUCCGGAACAGACCAGAUUGCGUCUUUAUAUUAGGACAAUUGUGAAAAGUAAAAAAAAAGAAUAAAACUUUAUAAAACAAUAAAAAGAGUUUCGGUGAAUGCUUAUAAUCAAUUUAUAAAUAAUAUGCAUAAACAUAAGGUACAUAAAGUAUUAAAAUAUGUUGCCUUUUCUACAUAAACCAAUAGUAUACUCAUGCCAUGGAUCGAGCAAUAAUAAAUUUAAAAAAAAUGUAAUGUAAGUUUACACAUGUAUGGUUAUAUCCCAAUGAAUUAUUCAUAUUUUAAAAGAAUUAUAUCUAGAUACUCUUGAAAAGCUCCUCGAGUAUUGAAUGUUAUAGCUCGAAAGCUCAUACAUAGUACGCAUAAAUAAUGCUUUAUAACAUAUAAUGUACAUUUCUUUUUUUUUUAUGAAGUAUCUAAUACACAAUUUGGUCUGUGACUCUGGAAACUUGCUUGCUUUACGACGUGACGUGACUAAUGACUAGUUUUUAAUUAACAUAUGUUUAAUAUUACUAUUUUAAUCGAGCAUGCAGUAACAGUACAUAAUUAUUAUAGACUAAAUGUAAACAAGUAGGCAACCAAAAUUUCUUUAAUUAAUUUUGAAAACUCAAUCGGUAGUAAAGUAGAAUUGGCAAAUCGUUUUUAUCUAUACCGAGUUUUUUUAAAUAUACAAAACCGCAAAGGUCGUUUAUUUUGACACCUAAUUUGACUAUGAGCAAGUUCAAAAUAAUCAAGCCUUUUUAAAUUUAAGAUGUAAAAUAUAAUUCAUACCGCAUUCACACAUGCGCUUCUUGAUGAAAAGUUGGACAAAUACAAGCGACCGUUAGCAUAUUCACGUACUUUUCAUUUCCAAUCAUUUAAACGUGUGACAAAAGACGUCUACGUCACUUGCGCGCAUGUGUAAAUGUGGCUUUAGGUGUCAAAAUUGUCGAUGAUCUUUUUUUUUAUUAUUAAUUAUUGUCUAUUUAGUCUUACAAUUUAAUAAAAAAAGUCAGUGAAACUUGUAGUUUAAAAAACGUUAGUUAUUCGAAUGAGUAUGGCAUAAAAAGUAAAA